UUUCAACGGGCGUCAGCCGUCAGUGGCCUUAGGAAAAGCACAACUUGUAAACAAGACUACGUUCGUCCCCUUUGCUAGUCUUUCUCCCUAACAUUAAACAGAUCUUGGUGACAUCCACGAGUGAAAUAAUAUAGAGGAAGGCUUCCUUCUGUGUUCCACAGCAAGUGGGAGUAAAAGUUCAUCAUGUCCUUGGGUCAGUUGACUGCAAAUUAUACAGAUUCAGAAGGGGAAGAUGAUGAGCAGACCAGUGUUGGAGAUAGUUCACAUAAAUCCUCUCCUGCAGUCUUGAGAGUUUCAGAACUGAGGGAUGAAGGAAGCAGAAAGGAAACUCCUCUUAGUGUCCGCUCAGCUGAAUCAGGCACUAACACGCCACAAAAAAAGUUAAACAGAUUGGUAUCCUAUGCCAAUGAAGAUGAUGACGAUGAAGGAGAGGACCUAGAGAGAGAGGAAGAGGAGGAGCCAGAUGAAGAAUUAAAUUCAGAACCCAUGGAUACUGGUUCGGAUGAAGGUGAAGAUGACAAAAGCAAAAUGAAAACCUUGGGUGUUAAGUUGCCAGCAGCCCCACCAGGAAAAUGUGCACCACAUUUACAGGAAAAAGUAAAACUCCUGAUGGAUGAGGUUCGACAUGGUAACAAGGACUAUAAUGCAAUGUAUCAAAACAAAAAGGAAUUUCGAAAUCCAGGUAUUUAUGAGAAGCUUAUAGAACUACUACAGCUAGACGAAAUGGGAAGUAAUUAUCCACUGGAUAUGUUUGAUCCACAUUGCUGGGGAAAGGAAUCUUAUUAUGAUGAGUUGGCAAGAGUUCAGAAGGAGGAAAUGGACAAACGAGAAAAGGAACGCAAGGAAAAAUCAAAGGUAACAAAGGUGGAUUAUGUUUCUGGUACUAAAAAACCAGUUGAAGAAGAGAGGAAACGAAAAUCAAGAUUUGAUCAGGGUGGACCAUCUACUACUAUUUUAAAGCAGAUGGUAGCACCACCUACUCUUACGUCUGUACCCUCUGGUACUAAAACUACAAUAGAUGCAUUUGGAUCUUUAAAGAAAACUAAGUAGAUUUAAAGGUAAUUAAAUGUUGUGUAUCAUUUAAUUAUUUUUGGCAUUUUAAUCUUCUUUUAGAUUGAAAUGUAAAAUAAUUAUUAAACUGGUACAAACCUUGGUAUAACAGAAAGACUGUCUUGAAUGUUAGUCUUAAGGUACAAAUGCAGUGGUCUACGUGAGAUUUCUAUUUUCUUCAGAGUGAAUUAUAAACAUUUUAAAGAUAAA